AUGAGUCUUAAAUUAUCAGUUGAGAUUCUUCGAUUGCUUAUAACUCUUCUUAACAAUUUGAUAACUCUGGAAAAAGAUAACAGAUUUAUUGAUAACGAUAUCCCUAAAAAAGUAUCAAAAAGUGAUGAUGAUGAAGAAUGUGGCAAUGAAUAUUUUUGGUCAAAACCCGGAUCGUUACGUGAAUUCCUUAGUGAAUAUGAUAAUAUAAUCAACAGUCGUGGUCAUGUUACAUCACUAAGCGGACGAACAGGACGUGAGUCAGGUUAUCGAAGCGGAUCAGCCGGCGAAGAAGAGGUGUCUGGAACACGUUUUGUAGAUUCAUCCAAACUCAUACAUAACCUACCACCAAAAACUGUAUCGUACAGUACUCCAACAGUAUCAGUGCAAAUACCUGCUGAAUCAACAAUUACCAGCGAAACAACGAUAACUACCACAACUGCUAUAAAAAAAGUCGAAACUGCUCCUAAGCUUACUGAAGAUACAUCAGCUGUAAGUGAUAUUUAA